AUGUUCAGCCCCUUGUCGAAAUUCCAAAGACAAGCCAAGAGUAAAAUACGGAAACGAUGGCGAUUGUUUCACGCUACGGACUUUCAAUCUUUGAUGCAUCCCUGCUUCAUUUUCUGCCGUAUUCUUGGAAUAUUUCCGUACAAGAUCAACACUUCGACCUUAGAGAUCUACAAACCGCUUUUCAGUCUGUGGACCAUCAUUACCUGCGUUUGUUGUAUUUGCUGGCUGGUUAUGCUGUAUCAGAUGAACAUUUCUGGAAGUAUCAACAUGAGAAACGUACCCAGAAAUCUCGAGCGUAGUAGUUACUACACGCUCGGCAAUUUCAUAGCAGUUGUCUCGUACAUUUUGAGUGGCCCACGAAUGCGUUUGCUUCAAACCGUAUUGGACAUCUCGUCGACGCUGCCCUUGGAAUCGUAUCGAAAGCUAUCUCGGUUAAUUCACUCGAAGGAUAUUAUUGGUUUCUUUUAUUUAAUUGGGAUCUCGAUUGUAUAUUAUACUAGAAUGAGUCUCAAUGUCUUGUUAAGGUUUUACGUAAUUUACAUCAAUUUAAUGAUAUUUCAAAUGGAUAUGUUAUAUAUAAAUUGUGUCUGUAUAUUAAAGGCCUGUUUCAAGAGAAUAAAUGACAAUUUGAUAGAUUUGCAAAAACUUAUCGUGAACGAUGAGACACAUCUCGUCAAACCGAUCUAUCACGAGCAGAGAAAUCCAUUCCUGCUGAUGGAACUCAGAGCUUUGAAGAAGCAGCAUCUAAUAGUCAACAAUGCAGUGCAGAUGCUGAAUAUAAUCUUCAGCUUGCAGCUCUUAUCUACCAUAAUUAUGGCUUUUAUCGAGAUCACAUUUAACAUGUAUUACUAUGUACUGCAGUGGAAAGAGGGUGUGUUAAUAAUCCUUAUGGAAAAGCAGUUCUAUUAUGCGUACUUCGUCGCAAACUUGACAAUUUUUAUCACAAAGAUGAUAUUGAUAGUAUGGGCCUGUGAGACCGGUAAGAAUCAGGCCUCAGAAAUUAUCACGACUGUACACGAUGUGCUGAACUGCACCGACAAUAAGCAAAUCAAAGACGAGUUGCAGCUAUUUUCCUUGCAAAUGCUGCAUAGCAAAAGUACAUUCUCUGCGAAGGGUCUUACUGUGGACGCGACGCUUCUUGUUGCGAUAGUAGGUAACAUCACUACGUACUUAUUGAUCUUAAUGCAAUUCUUAAACGCAUCGCAUUCCUGCGAUAGAAAGAUAGCAAUCAAUGUUACACAAUCCAAUUAA